AUGAGUACGAAAGUGGGCCCAUGGGGCUAUCGCCUGUUUGUGGUAUGCAUACAUCCACAGAAACCCAAGCUACUGUCACCCAUCUCGAAACAGCGUAAUUUGUCGUCAAAAAGGCGUAAAGUUAAAUCUCCACGCGUAUUUACUACCCGAACGGUGCCUGUCAGCCAAGAGAAAACAGCUGAUCGCUCGCCGACUGGCGAAGUGAUAAUUCGUUAUGCCCCGGUACCUGCAUCUGUCGCCAGCUGUACGUUUAACAGCGACCCUCCGCCACCGUCACCGCCCCUGCCGUCGGCUUCCCCGUGUGUUAGUAACGACAGUAAAAAGACGUUCUCUGCGAUUGUGCAGAACGGACAGCCGAAGAAACAGUCCAGGACUGUCCAAGAGGAGUGGACCUUGGUUCAAAAAAAAAGGAGACUGAGAAAUCGUUUUGUAGGAAGUACAGGAAAAGCAAUUCUCGACUUAAAUACAGUAGAACUCCAAUUAUCCGAACUCCGACUAUCCGAAUCGCCGAUUAUCCGAAUCACAAAAAAUUGUCCAAAAAAAGUCUAA